AUUUUGUCCAUUAAUUUGUGAACAAAUAUAAACAUUGUGUUGUUUCAAAAGCCAAUGAACUCGCCUUUAGUGUUUUACCUAAUGGCUCUCGUGUGUUUGAGAUUGUUAUAAUCAUUCUGUAACAGGCUGUGAUAUUAAUGUAGAAGUGGAAGUGUCUAUUAAUAAAGUUGCCUCGCCAGCGGUUAAAAAAGAACGUUAUCAGAAGUAAUCAAGGAUUUCACACAUUUCUAUAAGAUUUUAUGCUAAAAGCCCACGUCCGUCAUAAGGCUUGUCUUGGGUGAAUGCGAUCACAAAAUGAGAAUCCCUUAAAAAAAAUGUUGGUUUGUUUUUUUUAUCUCUACCAAUAUUUUCCCCGUGAACUACUUCUUUUGAAGCGUCUCAUUUUAGAUUUAGUGUUGGGCUCGGAUUCUUGCAGCAGCUUUUAUUCAAAGAUAAAUAUUGAGGCCAUACUGCUCGGAAACGAAAUCAUUUGACCAUUUCAUUGUGUAGGCUUAUAUUUGACCAGCUAAUGCUUGGAGUACAAGGAAGGAAUAUUUACAUUAAAAUAAUUGAUCAAAUAAUUUGAUAAAUAUAAAAAAAAGGGUUAACAGAUCAUUUAAUGAAUGUGUCACGUGACAUUUGCUCUCCCGACCGGCCUUUGCCUUCGGGUCCCUAAAUAUUUUUUUUAUGACUAGGAUAAUGAAUAAUUGAAUGCAGGGGUGACCAAAACUAUUAAAUAUUGCGGCCCUCGGGUUGGCUGACAUAGUACUGUGUUAUUGCAAAUAUUUUUAUUGGUUUUGCUUUCAAUUCACAAAGAAAUAGAUUUUAAAAUUCAAAGAGAUUAAAAGAUAUAAACAAAUAUCACAUUAGUUUAGUUUGAUUUUUUGUUAUUCCUUUCUCGCUCUCCCUCUUUCUCUCUCUCAAUCUCUUUCUCACUCUUUCUUUCUCUCUCUCUCUCUCUCUCUCUCUCUCUCUCUCUCUCUCUCUCUCUCUUUCUCUCGCUCUCUCAAUAUGGGUAUGUGUUUGAUUCACUGUGGAGUGGUGCAGCCAGGGUUGGUGCCGCCCUUGGUGGGCCAAUAUUUUCGCCGCCCUCCGCUCACGAAAAACCUCCGCAAAUACCGCCCCUCAAUUUCAGUAUAUAGACAUAAAGUGUUGCCUUGCCCGGGACGGACUACCCUUCCUACGCCAACGAGUGGAAUGUGGAAUUAUUCGAGUUCUACGGUAUCAAUGAUUCACUCAAGAACGUAUCAGCUAUUCUGACCACACAAUGAUUCACCAACAAACGCUUUGCUGCUGACCAAUUUUGGGGAAAAGCAAAUUCUCAAGGACUUUCCAAAACAAUAUGUGCAAUGCAACCAAAACAAAUUGGAUUAAUACAAGCAUCUUAUCUUUUCUUAUCUGUUGUAAAAGUAGCAAUAACGAAUUAAAUGGUAAAUUCUAAUGUGAGAACAUGAAUCAUAAAUUAAAAGCUUCUCGUAGUAAUAACUCUCAAGUAGCGGCACAAUAUUAAAGGGAAAUAAAUAGUCAGGUCCAGCAUUCGUGUUACAUUUUUAAGAAUGAUUUCCCUCGUCUAGGAAUUAGUUUUUAUUAGUUAACAAAUCGGGAGGGAGUCCACCGGCCCCCAACCUCUGGAGUUUGGGAUAGGGCAAAGUCCAUUGAUAACUUUGUAUUACAAACGAAUUUUUGUUUCUCCAGAAGUAAGCUUUUGCAUUUUGAGGGGUUUUAUUCAAAUUAUUAACGCCUGUAAAAUUGACAGUCGGACUCAUUAGUUAAGUUAAUUCUAAUAAUUCAGUAGUCAUUAGUUAAUAUUAAUAGAGAUUAUUAGGCCUUAGAAUCUUAACGAUAAUGAUACGGUUAGUAAGUUAAACUAAGAAUCAUCCAACUAAUUGUUUGUAAACUCUUUAGUUCUGCUGGAUGUAAAAAUUGUAGAAACCCGAUACUAAUAAUACAAAAAACGUAGGCCUACCCCAGGCUACUAUUGUCAUUGAAGUAUUGCAUGACCAUCUCUGACUCUGUCUUGACCUGUUCCCUGGUCACUGGUCUUACUAGUCUUAGAGUAGGUACAUAAAGUGUUAUGAAUCAAUAUUCAAUAACCCAUUGUUUAUUAAAGGAAUUUGCAAAUAAUAAAUUAGGGACAGAUUAAUUAUGAAGUGAUAUUCAUUUAAAACUUUAUUGACUUAAUAAAAAAUUUAUAAAAUACAUGAAUAGUACAAAUAUAGACUUAGACUAGUACAUGGUUUGAGUUAACUAGACUAAUGUCUUAUAUUCCCAUCCUACUUCUGCAGAUAGUUGAGAAAGGCCCACAACAAUGGAUGUUAUAAAGAAUUGGAAAAGUAUGAGCACCAUUCAGUUUUGUAGUAUGCAACUAUUUGAACUAGUAUAUCUACUGACAUUAGCAUUUCUUCCAUUUGUUGUGGCCAUCCGGGAGAUCACAUAUGUUAUUUUCGCUGUCCUAGUUUUCAUUGUUGGGAUCGCUGUCUUCAAACGAUGCCGAGCACAUACUUUGAAUCCCCUUGAAAAAGUGGUUUUAAUAACUGGCUGUGAUACAGGUGUGAAUCAUUUUGUUACUGUUUUACUAUUUCAAAUGCAAUUAUUUAAAGAUCUGUUAAUUUUAAAAUAUUGAUACAACUCCUACACAGAUUAUAAAAAUUCAAAUGAUUCAAAACUUUUUCAUUCUUCUAUUUUUUAUCACAUUGGAUACUAAAAUAAUAAUGCAUUUCAAUCUUCUUUUUUUAUCACUGUAUUAUAGGUUUAGGAAAUGCAUGUGCAAGAAGACUGGAAUCCAAAGGCUUUACUGUGGUGGCUGCUUGCUAUGAUGAUCAAAGUGAGGGGGCCAGCAAACUUAGAGAGAUAACAAGUGGUCGUCUACACGUUCUGAAGCUGGAUAUUACAGAUGUAAACAGCAUAAAAAACUGUUUCAUCAAAGUUAAGAGUUUAUGUGACAAAAGAGGUUAGAAACUUAAUACAGCCUAUUAUUACUAUUAAAUUUGUUACAGACUGAUGCCCACAUUGUCUUGUGAUGCAAAUGCCUUUUUCAAGUUCAAGUAUAAUUCUAUUACAACUUCAAUAUUCAAAGACAUGACCCUGAUACAUGGACAAAAUUUUAACUAAUAUUUUACUCAGAAAUAUUCUUGCUUUUCAAAAAGAUUAAUAACCAUAUAAAUAGGGCCUACAUCAAGUUUGGACUAAGUGACUGUGGAGUAGAUUGUUUGGUAGCAGAUAUUGAUAAGAUUAGUUUUAAACAUUUCAAUAAUUCAAGAUGCAAGUCUUGCUGAAAUAGUUAAAAGCCUCAUUGAAGAGUACCGGUAAAAAAAUCUUAAACUCCAAAUCUUGACUCAUUCACAUGAACUUACUCAGGACUUGAGGACAAAUUUCUAAAAAAAAAAAAAAAAAAUUAAAAAUUAAUUAAAAAAGGUAAAAAAAAGUGUGAUUUAUCGAGCUGCAUCUUCAUUUUGAUGACAUUUUGAGAGCCAUAUAUUUAACCAUUCUGGAGUUUGCUAUCAUGACUGCACACUAUCAAUUCAUAGAGUUUUUGUUAAAAGAGUUGGACAGCUUUGUAUGUAUUUAAUACUGUAAUGGAGAUUCAGAAUUUAUAUUAACUUUUAAUUAAAUUAUCUUGGUUGGGUAGUUUCUUUUUUUUAUUGGUAUUAAUGGAAAAGUUUGGAGAAUCGGGGGUUCUGGUGUAUGGGUAUAUUUGUACAAUCUAUUUCUUUAACAUUUUUUUAAAUGAUAAUUUUCUUUAAUGGUAUUUUUCCGCCACAAUGUGACCAUGGUGUAGACUUAUCAGGAUGAAAUCACAAGGCCUGAAAUUUUUUCUUUAGGACUAGCAAAUUGUCUCACUCCACGCUUGAGUUGGAAUUUUUCAUUGUACCGGGUAUUAAUGUAUCCACCUACGAGACUUCUUCUCCGGGUUUUGUUGCCAUCCAACAAAACUUGUCCCAUUGACCCAAGUGCUGGUGACUUGGUCUUUGGUGGGCAUUGAAUUCCAGGCCGAAAGCUUAGAAUUAACUCAAUAUACACCACUCGACCACCUAGCACCCGGAAAUGAUAUUAUGAUGGAAUAAUAUUAGACUAAUUUGUUUUUUGUUUUUAUUUCAGGAUUAUGGGCCCUUAUUAAUAAUGCUGGCACAGCUAGUUUUGGAGAUAUAGAAUUUUCAACUAUUGAAUCUUUCCGCAAAGUGUUGGAUGUUAAUCUGUUUGGCACAGUACAAAUAACACAAGCAUUUUUACCGCUAAUAAGAGCAGCCAAAGGUAUAAAAAGGAAAGAUUUUCUUAUAUUUAACAAUUUUAUAACUCUUUUGAAGAAAUUGACAGUCUCCUAAGAUCUACAUUCUUAAGUAUGUUUUUUUUCCCUCCAUCAAAUUAAACCUCUGAGUCUUUCAUUGGAUCUAAUAUCUUCUUGUGUACUGUUACACUCAUGUGUGUCUUACAUGGAAUUUUAGAUAGCUAACUAUUGUAUACCCCUUGUGAUAUAUUGUGACCCCUAUGCCAUCUGUGUCUGCAAAGAGACUUGUUCAUACAUUAGCAUAUGGGUCUGCAACCUUUUUUUAGUGAAAAGCCAAUUUAUAAAUAAUAUCUGCUAAGAAAAUAUUUAGGGAGCUGCAGGCAUGGGCAGAUUGGGAGAGAAAAUAUGUUAUUAUGACACUAUCAAUAACAUUUUCUGCUACUUUAAAUUUGGGAAAAUAAAUUGUAUGUAAAUUAUUGAUCCGUUAUUUUUAAAAAAAUUGUAAUUAAAUUUCGUAUCAUAUUAAAAUAUGCAUAUAUUCAUUCAAAGAGCUGUAUGUGGCUUCAGAGCCACAGGUCACCCUCUGCUGCCUUAUCACUACAGAACUUUUGUACUUUUAAAUAGUUAUGUAAUCUUUGUUUUAUUUCAAAUUAGUUUUUAUGGUGAAAAUUUAUUUGCAGAGGGAAAACCCUAACCUGUUUUUGCUAUUUCAUGUUAACUGCAUUUUAUUAAUGUUUGUCUUAGGUCGAGUUCUAACUUUAACUGGUUCAUCAGGUUUACUUGCUCUACCUGGCCAAUCAGCUUUGUGCAUGUCUAAAUUUGGCUUGGAGGCUUUCAAUGAUUCCCUAAGGCAGGAAAUGAUUCCAUUUGGGGUCAAUGUGAUCACAAUCAGGCCAGGAAAUUUUGCUGGAUCAACUGGACUAUUAAACAAAUCUGGGGUAAAAAUUAAUCCCAUUUUGCCUCAAGUCUUUCAGUAAUGUUUUAAGAUAAUCAUGGUCCCAACAGCUCUUUAGAACUGUUUGAGAUAACAUAAUUUUAAAAAAGAGAAAUUUGCUCGAUUGUUAGACUGAUGGAGUGGCAUCAAAUAAAUUAUUCUCUUCUGUUUAUAAUACCCCAGAUCUUGGGUGUUUUUUUUACAGUCUUCUUACUCACAUCAUUUAUGGCUAAAGAGUAUUCAUGCUCUCAAAAGAUUUUCAUGGCACUCAGAUCAUUCAUGGAACUUCAGUCACUCUCCCAUCCUUCUUGUUCUUUCACAUCAUUCAUGGGCUCAAACUUCCAUCUCCCUUAUCAACACAAACAUCUAGUUCACUGUGGUUUUGUCAUUUAAAUAUGUCCAUAUUCCUUAAUUAAGGCAGGCUUCUCUGUGGCUCUAAUCAGUGGGUUUAAAAAUAAUAAUAAUAAUGUUAAUGAUAGAUUUGCUUUUUUUGUCUCCAGCUAGAUAAAGUAAAACUUUCUUUUGAAGAAAUGAAAAACAAAGCAAAUAAUGAAAUAAAAGAAAUAUAUGGCAAUAACUAUAUGGACAGUCAUUAUAAACAGGUAAAUAUUAGGAUAGAAAAUUGGCUAAAUAUGUCAUUUUAUGGUGUUAAGAAAUACUACUGUAUUUGAUUAGUGCAUAAUAAUUUGCUAUAGUUUAAUAAUAAUUUAUUCUUGAACUACUUUGCUACGGAGGUAUCAAGAUUAAUCAUUUUAUCACUAAUGUUUGCAGAACAUUUUAAAUGUUAUUGGCAAUAGGAAUGGAUAUCAUUAGAAAGAAGAAAAAAAAAUGUUUGUGUUUCAAAUGUAAAAGAACAAGUCGAUUAAAAAUGUUGGGGCAAAGGAGUUUUGCCUUGAUUGUUUUAUAUUUUGGUAUGUGAGGUCUAGCACCCAGACUAGUGUUUUAGUGUCAACAAGUCUUAUAUUUUAAAAUCAUAUUUUGCUGUUGUACAGUCAUUUAGUUAUAUAACAUAUAUAUUUUGGAAGUUUAUUUCUGAUAAAACUGUCUUCUUCUUUUGUUAUCUUUAGCUCUGUGAACUUGCCAAGUCUACAGCCAAAAGUUUGAGUAAUGUUGUAACAGCUGUAGAACAUGCAGUAGGUAGCCAAUCACCCCGAUCUAGAUAUUUGGUUGAUGGAGGAAAUCAAUUGCUAGACUUGGGAAAUGUAAGUCAAUGUCUGCAAAUGUAUGUAAAUAUUGUAUAUUGAUGUGAUUGCUAAUUAGAAAGUUUACCUUAAGCACCUAGCUAAGUUGAAGAUUUUAAUUUAUUUUGAGCAUUUUAAAAUUAAAACUUAAGUUCUCUUUGUUGUUAUUACUAAAAUUGUAAAGGCGUUUUUGUUGUGUUCAUAAGAUUAGAGUUUUUGUUUUUUUUUACUUUCAUGCUUACAGGAAAGUAAUUGACGAUAAAAAAUUGGGACUAAUGUCUUUAAUUAUUAAAUUCAAAGCUUAUACUUCAUCCUUUCAUAUAAAAUUGUGUUGUUUUUACAAAAUUCAAAAUAAGAAAUGAACAGUUCAUCCUUUGUCCAUUUUAAAAAAUAUGUUGUUUGUUUUGCAGACACUGAUUCGACUUAGUCCAUGUCUACCCUACGCUCUGCAUGAUCUAUUAGUCCGCAAGUUUUAUGGAUACAAAUAAUUGACACAGAAAUUUUUAAAAAUAAAAUAAUUAAAUUUUUUUUCAAAGAUAUAUUUAUAUAAUUGUGUUGAUGAGGAGUUUUUUUUAAAUACCAGUUAAUACUAGCAUAUUAUGUGUCAUAAAAAAACAACAGAUUAAUUGGGCUCUAGGAUGGUAUGUUGAUUUCAUCAUCACCCAUUUUGAAUUCAAAUCUAGAUGCCACAUGGUCAUCACAAACAACUUUUUUUUAACAUUGAAUAACAUCCUGAAUUCCUCCAUGAUGUCACAUCAGGCAGGGCAUAAAUAUCCUUUGCUACUUAACUUUCCCAACAUCAUUAGGCUAAUCAAAUACCAGUACCUGAAAUUUAUUUUUGAGCAUUUUACUAUGCACGUUUACAAUAAGGCAAUACCAGUCAUUGCUAAAAGGAAUCUUUUGGCAGUUGAGAUAAUUUUGUUUAAAAUGAUUAUAAAUUUUUUUUUUAUUUAUAUUAAAUUUAUAUGAUUUUUUUAAUAUUGUUUUUAUGCUCAAUCUGGGUAUAAAUAUUUUUAUUCACAAACUGAAAUACCGGUACAAAUUUUUUCGGCAUAAUAACAGUAGUGAAUAAAAAUAAAAAGAACAACCCUGAACAUUACUGUUAUUUGUCACAUUUAGUUUAUAUUUAGUUUAUAUUUAGUUUAUAUUUAGUUCAUAUUUAGUUUAGUUGUGUUAUUAUUAAUUUAUUAUGUAUUUUGCUGUGAGGCUAGUGAACUUCUUUAUUUUGUUUUACUGCUUUUGUAAAUUAUGUAAUAUUAUUAAUACCGUAUUAAUUGAAAUUCCUUGCACAUUGCUAUUUCUUAAAAUCCACAGAAAACAAUUGUGGGUUCAUGAAUGACGCUCUUUUAAAGAGUUGAUGGAAAUAUAGUGCAAAAUGUAUUGAUUGUUUUAUAUUGAUAAGAAUUUGUAAUUUAAAAAUAUAAUAAAUCAUGUCCUGAGUUUGAAUGAAUUAAAUAUAUAUAUUGUUUUAUUU